AUGGACAACAGGAUUUCAGCAUGGUCUCAAUCUACAGGCUACGAUGACUCCCUACCCGACGAUGUCACAAACAACGUUCUUCUCAAAGGGAAACGGGUGUCUGAUGGGUACGAAUCGCCGCCUCUCCAGCAUCUACAUACUUAUGGAUCCAAGCCACUGCCGCCGGCACCUGGCACGCGCUCAGUGGCCUCCUCGAUGAGAUCAGAGUUGAACAACGCCUUCAGGACACCACGGCUAAGCGGUGAUUACGAGGACCGUCACUUUCACUACGAAAGAGACAGCCAGGACAACAUCUCGGUCAUGCUGGACGCCUCAGUGACGGACCACGAAAAGCAUCAACAGAUUACCCGUCGCACCAACCACUCUGACGAUAACUAUCUCAGUCCGCAGCCAAGUCCUCUUUACAGCAAUCGUUUCAGCCAGGGUAGCUAUCAGAGCUCCCACAGUCAAAGUAGCUACCGAAACUACCAGGACCAAAGCCAUGAAUAUCACCAUCCCCGACACUUGGAGGCUCAUGCUUUCGAUCAUCAGUCAACCAGAUACGAAGAUCCUUAUGCACUCCCCAAGCUUGGCACCUCGUUUCCUUGCAUCCCGCCAGACGAGAUCCUCUCGCCUCAGCCCAAAAGCUCCAUUUCCAAGAUCCUGCAGAUAGCCGGACAUGGAAGCAAGCCAGUAACAAGCCCGUCCAUAAAGUGCCCAACUGGGCAUAACUCGGCCAACAAAAUCAGCCAGAUGAUGGGCCUCGACACUACCGCGUCGACAUGGCACGCCCAAUCAGCUUCCUGUCUGGGUGAAAUCUCACCCGUGUCUCCCAUCAGCUCUGCUUCAAGUCUUUAUAGUCAAGACCUCGAGACCACCAUCUCGGAGCCGGAUGCAGAUAUGAGCUACACGAGGCCAUGGCGAUAUGAAGAAGUGUCUAGUGAGGUUGAACGACCGGCCAGUCAAGAUGAAUCUUUCAAACACUCCACUUGGAUGCCUCAUUCCCCCAAUUCACUGCCAACGGCACUCAGUGUUCGCAAGUCGAGCCAGAAGCAGGGAAGUCACCAUGAGAGCACAGUCGAGUCGUACAGGCCAGCCGCGCGUCGUGCGAGUCGGACGCAGGCCAACCUUAACUCGCCUCGGCAGCGACGAGGCAGUAAUCUCGAAAUGGACCUUUACCACGCCACCACGACGCAAAUAGCACGGAGCACGAAGGAACCCUCGGAAGAUAAGCUAAUAGGCAAAGGCAAGCACGGUUACUCAUCAAUGGAUCCCCGACUGACAGCCGGUUUACUUCCCAUAUCGACAUCUUCGCGACAGGGUAAAAAGGACGACCAAAACAAGAAACAUGUCGGCUCGGCAUCGUCCUUUCUGGACCGCGUUCACCAGUCAAAGGCCCGGGUUGGGCCGCCAGCUGAACUCCGCACUGGCGGUCAAGUGUUGUCUGGUUUAGCUGUCCCAAAUGUCACCACUCCCAACAUACAGUCUGCAGCAUCGAACAAGAGCGUAUUUGAAUCGGAUACCGAUGAUGAGGAUAGUCGAGCACCGUCGACCUUGACCAAGAUGUUCAAGCGCCACUCCGGGCCCAGCGGCGAAGUAACCAGGACCGUAACACCCAGCCAAGGAUAUUCCAGAGCGUCUCCCGCCGUGUACGCGACUGGCUCUAUAUCUGCCUCCUCGUCAAACUAUUCGCUGGCGGUGCCGCCGACAGUGACCAUGGUGCCAACCCACGAACGCGUGAUUGUCGUGAAUCGAUCACGCAAGGCUGACGGACCGGAUACGCCCAUGCCCCCCGGGAUGUUUCAGAAGACUGGUGAACAUUUUCAGGGGCUGAUGGCCCAGGCGAAGAGCAUGAUGGGCAGCAAGUCGGAUCGCAAGCGCGAGAGUCUCAAGAGUAAGAUCAGGGUGAUUCCAGAACGGGAAAUUAUUGGUGGAGGAGAUGGAAAAUGGUGA